GCGACUUCACACAGGGGGCGGGGCUGGGGGGGGGUUGGUCCCGGGUGUGACGUGAGCGGAGCGGAAGUAACGUGUCCUAACGAUGUUACGGCAGGACAGUAAUGAUGACACUGAAGAUGUGUCACUGUUUGAUGCAGAUGAUGAUGCACCUAGGAGAUCAAAAAAGUCAAAAAUAAGGCAUCCGGUGGCAUCGUUUUUCCACUUAUUCUUCAGAGUCAGUGCAAUAGUUGUUUAUCUUCUCUGUGAACUGUUGACCAGCAGCUUUAUUGCCUGCAUGGUCACAAUUAUCUUGCUGUUAUCAUGUGAUUUUUGGGCAGUGAAGAAUGUUACGGGCCGGUUGAUGGUUGGGCUUCGCUGGUGGAACCAGGUGGAUGAUGAUGGCAAGAGUCACUGGGUAUUUGAAGCCAGGAAGGCAUCGGCUCACGGGAAUAAGGCGUCUUCUGAAGCAGAAUCCCGAAUCUUCUGGUUGGGACUAAUUACUUGCCCUAUGAUCUGGGUGAUAUUUGCAUUCAGUGCCCUGUUUUCCUUCAAAGUGAAAUGGCUGGCAGUGGUCACAAUGGGCGUAAUUCUGCAGGGGGCCAACCUGUAUGGUUAUAUCAGAUGUAAAGUAGGCAGCAGGAAGAAUUUAACCAGUGUGGCUACCACCUAUCUUGGAAAACAGUUCUUGCGGCAGACUGUGGCUAAAGAUGACCAAACAGCAUCUUGAAGAUUUAAAAAAAAACAAACCAACCCCGCAAGUCAGAUUGGAUUUAUACCGCUGUAUAACAGAAAAUAUUCCCAUGACCAUGAGUUUUGGACCUACAAAAACUGUGGACAGUUUUUUUUUUUUCCCAAUAAAUCUUUUAAGACUUCGGGUUAACGCUCACCAAAAUUACUUUGUUUUUCUGUAAUUGUUUGCAUUUCAAAUUUCCUCCAGUAGGUUGGGUGAUUAAGUUAAUUUUCUUAAUCUUUUAAUUAAGAAAAGAUUUAACCCCUUAUACAGGCUCCAUAAAAGGGCAUGGAGAGAAGUAAGAGCUGAAAAUACCGUGGAUCCUUUCUCAGUCUGAAAAAUGUGAACAAGCCAGGCCUUACAUUGUCUAAGAAACUGCCUCCUUUUCUUCUCUUCCUGCAUAAGUCACCCAGUGGAAUUACUGCCUGCAGAAGUGAUUCUGCCUUUGGAGCCAAUUGCCAUUUGCACUAUGCAGCUUGGUCCCUGUUUCAUCUCAUUCCCUGGUUCUCUCAUUCUGAGUGUUGAUUUAAGCUAGAUAGUCAUUUUUUUUCCCCAAAGUGGGUCCUGAAUUUGCCUCAGGUGAAUUCAGAGUGAAUUUUGCCAUCAGUUCUGCAGCAUUGUUAAACCUCUUGUAGACUCCAUGUAAACUGACAUCUGAGCAGUGCAGAUACUUUCUGAUAUUCUGAGCUGUCUGAAUUACACCUGACUCAGAGUGGAACUAAACCUUUUGUUGUAUACUGUGCCUGCUUGUCCUUCAGUGUGAGUCUGAAUGGAGAGCAUGGAAAGAACAGGCACUCUAUUACAAGAAAAGCUGCAUAAAAUAAUAGAGGCAGAUUUAUGAGUGAGCAAUUGACACUUGGCGGUUGUUAAAGUGCACAUCAGUCUGCCUUGCCAUCUUAUGUUGCUUUCUGUGGCACAGUGCAGAUGUAUUUUGCUCUCUUUAGGGUAGACUGGCUGCUGAAGCCUCAAAAGUGCUUUUGUAAGUUUGCCCCUGCAGAAAAUAUUGGUGUUUACAUUUGCUGUGUUCUCUACUAGCCCCUCAGCACAGAGUAGUGUUGCUGCCAAGUGGAAAUGACUGACUUGUAUUCCUCCUUUGGUACAGUAUGGGGCUAUGUACUACUCAUACAGAUAUAUUUAUACACUUAGGCUCAUUGUCUAGUAAAGCACAAUUGAAUCAUUGUUAUAGAGCUUGUUGAAAACUCAGAGUUUGAUUCUGAACUGUUAUCCUGCUACUCACCUUUCAUUUGCUAUGUGGCCUGUAAGGUAGAUUCUCUGAAUAAUUCAUGUUCAGGAGCUGUUGAAAAACUAUGCUGGAUGCUAAAUUUGCAGAGAUGUUAAUGUUACACUAGUUCAUACCAUAUGUGCCCAACAUUCAUUUGAAUGGGAAAGAAUCAGUCUUGUUCCUGUGAUCAUGGAAUUGUGGGCUACAUUGUUCCAUUUAAUAGAUAAAACUGAUUAUGUGUGAAAGACUAUAGCUGAAAAGGGAUUGGUCCUUUUUUCUUACAUAACCUUGUUUAAGGGAGAUCAAAGCCUUGAUGGUGUAUUUUUAAUUUAAACCAGUCUCCUGGAUAACGAGUAUUAUAAAUUGUGGGAUUGUGUUAAUGAUAUUUUUUUCCUAUACUGAAGCAAUAUCUUGAAAUUGUAAAAGGCCCAACUUUGAAGAGUUUUUACAUUUGUUUAACUCUUUGGAUUGAUACCUUCUUUUUUGUAAAUACGUAUUUAUAAAACCUUGAAAUUAAAUGAUACUUUGUCUAACCAGA